AUGGUUCGCAUCGCUGCUGUUGCUCUUCUGGCCUUCGUCAUAUCUGCCUCGGCGUCCCCUCGAGUACCUGUCGACGCCAAUGAAUCAAUCCUCGACUUUGAGGGCAACCCUUUAUCCGAGAACAAGCAAGAGGAGUUUCUUAAGCUAGAUCAUGAGGGCCAAAAGAAGUUUGACGGCCUUCUGGCUACAUACACCCAAGACCAGCAGAACAUAGACAAGGAGCUCCAAGAUAUCAGUGCAAAGCAAAGCGAUAUACUAGGCAUUCCAAAGUCGGAUGAGGAGGAAUCCACACCAUCAAAUUUGACCGCCAGGGCGGCGCCGCACCUUCGCGGCUAG